AUGGCAGCAUCAGCAGCACUACCAACCAUUUUCGAGGACAAGACACCACACACGUUUUCGAACGGUGGUGGUCAAAUCGUGUAUGAAGACAGUGGCGAGACGGGAAACGACAAAGUCAUUUUAUGUCUCCCUGGAAUCGGAGAUAUAAGGCAAAGUUACCGAUUCCUUGCACCAAAAUUACGACAAGCUGGAUACCGUGUGCUCGUUAGUGAGUUGCGAGCUAGUGGUGACUCGAAAUCAGCUGGGUUUACGGAUUUCAGGCCAGAGGAUUCUGCGUCUGACGCAUUGGCUGUCCUGGCCGCAGCUGGCGUAUCGCAUGCAACCAUUGUAUGCAACUCGUUUACCGGUGCUUCCAGUUUUUAUAUUGCGGGUACUCAUGCUGAUAAGGUGGAUGCGAUCAUAUGUCUUGGUGGGAUUGUGAGGGAUCAGAGUGCUGACACAUAUUUCAGACCAAUAAGUCACCUACUCUUCAACUCAUUAUGGGGAGCGUCUAGCUGGGUUGGAUACUGGAAGUCCCUAUUCAAAAAGACUCCACCGUCAGACCUGGAAACACAAGCCAACGCCAUCUUCCAAAACUUGAAAAAGGAUGCAGGGCAGAUUGCAGCGUUGGGCAAGAUGGUGAGGGCGACAAAGAAUAAUUGUUUUGCGGUUGCGAGUAAGAUUACCGCUCCAGUGUUGCUAGUGGUUGGCACAGCAGACCCCGAUUUCGCGAAUCCAUUGAAAGAGAUGGAAGAUGUUUCUAAGUCGUUGACUUCGUCUCGGAAGGUUGAGAUUAAGAGUAUGGAAGGGCUAGGACAUUACUGCCAUGUAGAGGCUCCUGAAAUAGUGGGAGAAUUCAUCCUCGGCUUCUUGAAAGACCUGCAGUAA